CGGCGUACGAUGGAGAAGCCAUGACGCAUCCGUCGCAUCAAACCAACGGCGCCAGCCUGGAGGACUGCCACACGAAUUUCUUCGCACUGACAUCCCUCUGCGGCAUUAAAUGGAGGAAACUCGUGUGGGGCGAGGUGGCCGGUGGCUUCGGCGGCACGCCCCUCGAGGACCCGGUGCUGUCGAGUUUCUCGCGAUGUUUAGCUGGUGACAUUCUGUGCGUGUGGCGACGAGUGGCCGCCACGCCGGCCACCUCCGGCCCGGCGGCUGCCACCGCCGCUUCGGCGCCCGGGGCUGGCAUCUUCGACCUGGGCAUCGCGCCGUCGCCCGCGCCCCCGCCGCUCUCCCUCACCGCCGCCAAGGAGCUCUGGAUCUUCUGGUACGGCGAGGAACCCGAUCUCUCCGGUCUGGUAUCACCGGAGCUCAUCGCUUGCGAAAGCGAGCAGGGUUCUUGGGAAAGCGGAUUGUCGUACGAAUGCCGGUCACUUCUUUUCAAGGCUCUGCAUAACUUGAUUGAACGGUGUUUGCUAUCCCGUGACUUCGUUCGCUUAGGAAAGUGGUUUGUGCAACCUUACAAUGGCUACGAGAAACAUCGUUGCAGCAGCAGCCAUCUGUCGUUCUCGUUUGCAUUUUUCGUUCACGGAGAAAGUACUGUGUGCGCAAGUGUGGACGUCAGGCAGCAUCCUGCGGUGCGACAUCUCACAAAGACAUGUCUACAACGUACUCAGACCUCCCAAUCCGGUGUUAAGGUGAUCCUAGCCCCUUAUGGACUAGCAGGCACAUUAACGGGUCAGGUGAGCCGUAUGGACAGUCAACUUCUCGAAGAAUGGAAACAUUUCUAUCCAAUCAGUACCGGCAGUAAUCCGGAGACCGGGCUUCCACCCCUCGUGGAGGUCCUCGUCGGUGGCGUGCGCAUGCGUUAUCCUUCUUGUUAUGUCUUGGUUACGGAUAUGGAUGAUACGCCACCCGAAAUUCCUCUCUCGCCUCCAAGCAGCCCCGUCACUUGUGAGCGACCCCUCUUAACGCAACAGGAACUGAGCGCAGCUACUGAAUUACCGGAACGCGUGUGGGCAGAAUGUACUUUGAGUUCACCAGUGUCUGCUUCCAAGACAGAAUCUUCCACGGAACCUGGAACCUGGACGUUCGUGGAACCGACGCAAAAGUCUUCCUGUACCUGUUCAUGUUCGAAGUAUACGACCCCCGGGGGUUGGAAGAGCCUGGCCUCCUCUCAGAUUCAGAGGGAGAGAGUAGAUAAAGGUGGACGGAGGGUCGUACCGUUUCACCGACGGUCUACCACUCAGUGGGACGCUUGUCCCUCUGUCCCUGCUAAUGCCCCCAGGUCGAUACUGAGUAGAACGGAAGCACCUAGUACACCACCGGGCGGUCCACCUUCCUACUCGCGCGGACCACCAACGGGAGGAGAUUGUUUACCGGUGCCGUCGGUUGGCUCACCAGGUUCUCCGGCACCAUCACCCCUUCUGACUCCACACUCCGAGCCGGCGUCGGUCCCGCCCGCGGAGCCUACGAUGCCGACUCUCAGCCCGCAACCUCCACCAAGUCACACAAACACUGCCCUACCACUAACCCCGUCGCAAGGACCCAAGUCCAUUUCUUCCGCGUGCAACAAUCAGGUGCACAGUCCGUCGGUUCCUGGACCGGUACUGAAACGACCAAUCUUGGUAUCCCGAGAGUACGAAGGUGCUCUCUUGGAAGAUGAGCAACCGCUAUCUUGGCUCUACGAUUAUUCGCUCCAGGAAGCUUGGCUGAAUCAUCCUGUGAAGCGUUUUAAAUCUAUGAACAUUAGCGUCCCGCCGACCAACCGGAGCAAUGUUCUGUACCCACCAAUGAAUUCUCAAACGCUCCAAUCUCAAGCUCCUAAGCUGGAAAUUAAACAAGAACCUGUCGCAGUUGGCGAAUGUAUCGGAAGAAGAACAGAUCCGUACGAGUUCGAUGCGACAGGCGAGGAAAAUGGCACAAAUGUCGAUGGUCUCAGACGACAAAGGGACGAUCCAUCUAAACCAGGAUCUCUUUUCACCAGCGAGGGUCUUCAGCCUUCCUAUAAAGAUUUAGAUCAAAUAUUCGACAACUCCGAUCCUGAUACUUCCAGCGAUGAAACGAAUCUGAAUCAACUACAAAUACAAACGCCACCAGGCUCGAAUAAAUCUGGUGGAUUGCACGAAGAGACGAGGGUGGACGGUGCAAACAAGAAUAAUCGAGGAGUUACAGUUUUACGACCAGAAGAAUUAUCCAAAAUGUUUCCAACUCCUCCUUCUCUAGAGCAUAAUCCUGUUGCUUCGCCUUGCCAAUUAAGUGACCCUCUCAUGGACCAGACUGAGCUGCUGAUGCCUUCACGACCGCUCAGACACUUGCCCGACAUCUAUCCUAAUAUGGGUUCUCCGCAAGAAGAGCCAAUUGACGAUUGGUCAUACGUGUUCAAGCCGGCGGCCAUCAGCAAGAUGGUCGGUUCUUCCAAGUACGCACCUCUCACGAAUCUGCCUAGCCAAUCUCUGCCAUCCAUCACACUGCCAUCGCACUGCGUGUACAGACCUUCCUGGCAGUGCAAUUCUGCUUCCACCAAUCAGGCGGACAAACCUCUUCCACCAACCAGGCCCGGAUCAGUGCAACAGCAGCAGCAGCAGCAGCAGCAACAACAACAGCAGCAGCAACAGCAGCAGCAGCAGCAGCAGCAACAACAGCAACCUUGUCCACAAAGUCCGGCGCCACCUUACCGUUCAAACACUCUGCCUGGUAGGCCACCACCACCCCCAUACGACCAACCCAGCCCAGCCACAUCCACUACUUCUUCAUAUCUCAAUAAAAAUCUCAAUAGCAUCGAGGCGGAUACGCCGGGACCCGCUCGCGCACCCGAAUCAAAUUCCCUCGUAGUGAAUAUUCUUCUAGGUGAUACCGCACUCAAUAUCUUCCGCGAUCAUAACUUCGACAGUUGCAGUCUGUGUGUGUGCAAUGCUGGGCCCAAGGUUGUAGGCAAUAUCAAAGGCGCUGACGCGGGCGUUUAUCUCAGUAAUUCGUGGGUAGGUUCUGCGCUCUUCCAAGACGACGAUCAAAUCAGAUGUAGUUGUGGCUUCAGUGCUGUAGUGAAUCGACGGCUCGCGCAUCGAGCGGGUCUGUUCUACGAAGAUGAGAUGGAAAUCACGGGCGUCGCCGAAGAUCCGGCUGAGAAGAAGAAAGGCUCGCUUACUGCGGUCGCGUGUCCCGGAGCGAAAGCGGCCCCCGAAGGUCUCGACACGAUACCAUCAAAUGUUCUCGAAUUAUUACGCGAGCAAUGCUUGAUCGUUCAAAGUUCUGCCAGCAGUUUGUAUAGAGCGGCUAGGAUAUGCGCCACCGUGAAAAGCUAUCCGACGUUGACGCCGACGGUGAACACUCUGGAGUUCAAUGAUGGCAAUGAGGUAUGCGUUGCCGCGCUCGAUCAAGGCAAGCUCGACGGUGCGCAUAACGAGAGGGCGGCGCGUGUAAACGGCGUGCAUCGAUGGGUGUUUCUCAGGGCACGAGGUCCCCAAUGUAGCGGUGACAUCGUGCGAAUGAUGAGAUCGCUACAGCCGCUGCUCCAGGACGCGGUGCAGAAGAAGUGUACGACGCGCAUGUGGGAAGCGCCGUAUACUGUCACCGGACCGCUCACGUGGCGACAAUUCCAUCGUUUGGCCGGUCGCGGCACUGACGAUCGUUGUGAGCCACAACCAAUACCCGCUCUAGUCGUCGGAUAUGAUCGUGAUUGGUUGUCAUUGUCGCCGUACGCGGUCUGCUUCUGGGAAAAACUGUCUUUAGAACCGUUUGCCGGACCUAGAGACGUCGCCUACGUGGUCGUCGCACCUGACAGUGAUUGUAUUGUCAGUAGAGUGAAAUCGUUUUUCCGAGAACUUUCCUGCACGUAUGAGAUUUGCCGGUUAGGAAGACACACGCCAAUCUCGAAACAACUACGCGAUGGAAUUCUGCGCGUCGGGAAGUCGACUGUGCAGAAACUGGCGAAGCAAUCGAUGGAUGAUUGGUUCAAGUUUUUGGGAGAGAAUCAUAUAGGCGAACUGUUAAGAUUGUAUGCCCAAGUGUGUAAUCAUCGAUUGGCUCCAUAUUUGACGCAGGUCAUACAAGAUCGUAGUUUGUUGGAUCCUGGUGAUUCUCAACAAGCUAACAAACAGCAGCAACAGCAAUCCACAACAAUUCCCGUUCCCGAUACAAUGCCAGCUACACCCGAUGUAUUAUCAACCAAACCUGAAUCUGUCGAAGGGGAAAAUCCGAGGAGCGAGACUCCCUCCUCGAGCACAGCAACGAAUCAGACUACUACUAAUACCGGUAAUACGACACCGACAUCGCAACCUACAAGCAACACGACGCCGAUUACUACGACCACAGGUCCGGACGAGGAGGAAAUCGAACCUCCAGCCAUCGUUGUUUACUUUGUUGAACCUUUUUCAUUAGGCGGUACCGAGGAUCCUGAUCGACGUCGGCUUGCUAUUCUAGCUCUACUCAGAGCUUACUCUGCUGCGAUCAAUAGCAUGCCUGAAAAUAUGAGAUCAAAUAUUCACGUUCAGAUAAUAUCCUUGGAAAGUAUAAUGGAAUUGGGUCGAGCUCGAGAAAGGCGAAAGAUUCAAGAUGAGAUGAGAGCCUUGGCGUUAAAUGUCUUCUUGCAAGGACGUCGAUUAUUAAAUCAUAAUUCUACGGUGAAAAGCCUUACCGGUUUCGGUACUGCCGCCGCUGCAGACAUCUUCCUCAAAAGUAAAGAUGAACGAAAUAGAGCACCUUAUCGUCUCUACGCACCGGCCUUCGUAUUAGCACCAUUGCGGGCGAAGAGCGAAGCUCCCGAAUCAUUUGGCAUGCCGAGACCUGAAGAAUGCGCAGUGCUCUAUCUGAGUUAUUGUUUGAGUGAAGAUCAGUCUUGGCUAUUGGCGGCCGCAACGGACGAUAGGGGCGAAAUUUUCGAAACCGCUACCAUUAACAUCGACAUACCUAACAGGAAAAGAAGAAAACGCGCUUCAGCUAGGCGUAUUGGCCUUCAAAAGCUUAUGGACUUUAUAUUGGGUGUAAUGUCCCAAGGUGUACAACCAUGGAGACUGGUCGUUGGUCGAGUAGGACGCAUUGGACAUGGCGAAUUGAAAGGAUGGAGUUGGUUACUUUCUAGAAAAGCGCUUCUGAAAGCUUCAAAGCAUUUGAAAGAGAUAUGCGGACAGUGUAGUCUCUUAUAUCCCUCGGCGGCACCUUGCGUACUCAGUGCGUGUUUAGUGUCACUCGAACCAGAUUCCACUCUGAGAUUAAUGGCCGAUCAAUUCACUCCCGAUGAAAGAUUCAGUCAGGCAUCUGUAAACUGCCAGUUAUCCACACCUCAAGAUGUCACAUGUACUCAUAUACUUGUUUUCCCUACAUCCGCUACCACUCAGUCGUCGCAGACUGCAUUUCAAGAGCAACACAACGUACCCGAGUUAGGAGACGAUGAAUUAUUUUCCGCUCUAAAUGAUGAUAUGCCGGAAGGUAUGGAGGGAAUGGGUGACUUCAACGAUAUUUUCAAUGUUUGGCCUGAGCCGGGCGCAGGCGGUGGGCAAAGUCCAAGCGGAAGUCCGCACCGUCCUGAAGGUUCACCACAUGGAGGAGAUGGCGGUGGAUCAGGCUUGGGCAAUCACGAUGGUCCUGGCAGCCCAUUUCCGUGCAGCAACACGCCAAGAAUAGCGACGACUGAGCAAGCAGAAGAAGUUGGCACGCUUUUACAACAACCGCUCGCUCUUGGUUACCUAGUAUCAACUGCGCCAACGGGACGAAUGCCACCAUGGUUUUGGGCAGCUUGUCCACAUCUCGAAAACGUUUGCCCGGUAUUCCUGAAGAACGCGUUACACCUGCACAGUCCCGCAAUACAACAGAACAGCGAUGAUUUACUUCAGCAACAAAACGCACCUACUGCUCAUCCAUUGGACUCGCAGUAUACCACUGACGUGCUCAGGUACGUGUUGGAAGGGUACAACGCACUGUCGUGGCUUGCACUGGAUGCAAACACCAAGGACCGACUGUCCUGCUUACCAGUGCACGUACAGGCGCUCAUGCAUCUCUACCAUGCGACGGCAGCUCUCGUCUGACCCACACCCUCUCCCGUUGUAGUGCAGUAUAUGCACCUCUCUCACGCACUCUUUAUUGUACCGUCACUUGGGGCUUUACGAGAGCAACUAAUUUCCUAUGCCCUUUACCUAUACUACAUUAGUUAGGUACUUAGAGAGAUAGAGAUUGUCUAGGUACAGAGUACGAUCCUUCUCGACCAUAUGUAAAGAGAACCGAGCUUUUUUUUACUCGGGCUCUAAUUAAUACACAAGUUAGCGCAAUGAAAAUGCAAAGGCUGAAAAUGCAGAACUCGAUGAGAACAAACAGCGACUCUCUUUACCAUUUUUCUAUUAUAACAGACGAAAUAGAUUGUACUUUGUGUUUAUGAUCGUAUCUCGUAUUUCGUAAGGAAAAAAUGAACUGCGCAUCCAAUACGACCAUUACCAGCGAAAGCAAAUGUGAGACUUUGCGAAUAGUAGAAGCGAAGAUGCGAGUGAUGAAAGAUACUGUGAGAAAGGAAGAAAGAUAGGGCAGGAAAGAAUGAGGAUGAAAGAGAAGUAUAGCGAGAGAAAAGUGUGAAAGAAAUAGAGAAAGAAAGUGCGUGAACGAACGAGUGAGUGAAAGAGAGAAAGAAAAGGUGAAAAAGAGAGUGCAUAAUAAGAAAAUGAUUUUCGAUUGCCUCUCUAUCGAUAGAUAGUUGAAUUACAAAUCAGAAUCUCUAGAAAAAUUACGUAACCAAAAGUUUUUAAUUGUAAAUUAAAUUUUGUACAAAGCUUUUAUUAUUAAUGACGACGAAGUAAUAUA